GUUUAUUUUGUUUGAGGAUUUCUUCGGUGUUUCUUUACAAUUCAGAAGAAAAAUAAUAGGAUAUAGUAAAAGAAGAACAUUUCUGCUUGUCUAAGAGCUGGAGAGAAAAAAAGUGAGACUCAAGGGGGAUGUUUUCGGUAACAGGCCGUGUGGUUCGAAAGAACCAACAAUCUUCGAUAAAAAGCAUUCCGCGUCGGAAUUCCCCAGUCGAUCAAUUUGAAGAAGCUCUCCAACGACGAGAUUUUUCUAAAGCUACCACCAUUCUUGAGUUCUUCAAGAAUUCUGGGCAGAAGCUAGGUAAUUUGGAUAUCAACGCCUGGUUGGCCUACUGCGCAUUUCACAUGAAUGAUAUCGAAAAGGCGAUUGAUGUGUAUAAGGAAAUUCUUACGCGGGAGGGGUUUGAUCCGAUGAAUUACAUCUACCUCGGCUGUUGUAAUUUCGCGAUGGGCUCCUACGAGGAGGCGGAGGAAAAUGCGCUGCGCGGGACGGAAUGCCCUCUCCGCAAUCGUCUGCUAUUUCAUAUUGCGCAGAAAACCCAUGACGAGGCGAAGCUGAUGUCCUACCACCACCAGCUCAAGUCUACUGUUGAGGAUCAGCUUUCUCUCGCCGCCGCGCAAUACAAUCGAAAUCAUUAUCCACAGGCGAUUGAGAUCUGCAAACGCAUCCUCCAGCAAUCCCCGGAGUAUAUUGCCCUCAACGUCUACCUCGCGAUGUGCUACUACAAGAACGACUACUACGAUGUGAGUCUGGAGAUCUUGCAAAACUACCUGAAAUCCUACCCGAAUAGCGCUAUUGCCAUUAAUCUAAAAGCCUGCAAUCAUUAUCGACUGUAUAACGGGAAGUCCGCGGAAUCGGAGCUGAAGACGCUGAUUGAUUUAUAUCAUUCAAUGUACAACGUGGAGUCCGAUAUCAUAAAACACAAUUUGGUCGUUUUCCGUGAUGGCGAGAGCGCCCUUCAGGUUCUCCCGCCCCUCUUGGAGGCCGGCAUUCCGGAAGCGCGGCUUAACCUGGUGAUCUACUACCUCCGGCAGGAUCAGAUUAACGAGGCCUAUGAAUUAAUUAAGGACAUGUCGCCGAUGACAUCGCAGGAAUAUAUUAUAAGGGCCGUAGUGAAUGCCUACAUGGGGCAGCAGCUCGAAUUACAGGAUAAUAUAAAAGUAGCCAAAGAGUGCUUUCACUUCGUCGGCUCCGCGCAGAGUGAGUGCGAUACGAUCCCUGGUCGUCAAUGCAUGGCAUCAUACUUUUUUCUAAUUCGAGAUUUCAACAACGUUUUGAUUUAUCUUCGCUCUAUUAAACCAUACUUUCAAAAGGAUGAUACCUUUUUGUACCUGUACGGAAUCUCCUGCGCAGAUGUCGGGAACUUUGAGGAGGCCGAGGAAUCCCUGAUCGCAGUAAAGUCGGAAAAAAUCAAGUCCGAGUUCUGCUACAGAAGUUGGCUGGUUCGCUCACAUAUUAUGAAUAAGCACGCGAAAAAAGCGUGGGAUAUUUAUUUGAAGAUGGAAACCUGCGAGGCGCUUGGCAUUUUACGCCUUAUGGCGAAUGACUGCUAUAAAACUAGCGCGUUCUACUACGCUGCCAAGGCGUUUGACGUUCUUGAAAGACUGGAAAACGAUAUGGAAUUUAUAGAGGGCAAAAAAGGAGCCUGCAUUGGCGUCUUUCAGCAGGUUUUUGCCAAUGAAGAGAGCAGCGACGCGUUUUUUGAUGUUAUCAAGAUGCUCGAGGCAAGCUGUCAGCAGCACGCCGAUGACCCAUCGAUUGCACAGCAGUUCAAUUCAAUAGCAGUUAUGAUGAAGGAAUGGGCUAAAGAGUCCAAGCUCAAGAGGCGUUAA